AUGAUUCACAGUACAAAAUAGAGUCCGAGAUUGACAAGCGUCUUGCUCUUUACAUUGGUAUUAGACAUUUUGAUCGAAGAGGUGAUGAUGGGAUGAGCGAUGGAACAGGGACGUACGAUGAUCAACUGGAUAGGGAAACAUGAAGAAAAAAUGGAUAGAAUAGAGUUAGAGAGAUCUUUGAAACCUUUAAGCUUUACAUUCAAAAGCAACGACUUUAAAAAGGAAACAACAGAAGAAAAAGUUGAUGCACUCAUAGAUAAAGUAUUGACAGAUGCAGUAAACAAAAAGGUUGGAAUCAUUGUUGUCAUGAUAAGCUCACACGGAGAGGAAGUCUUAGAGCAGAGUGAAAACAACAAAAAUAAAAAUAUACUUCGACAUCGCAUUCUGUUGGAAGACAAAUGUUUGUACACAGACGACCUUCUGAAAAAGUUUGAAACGAAGAAGCAAUUAAAAGGCAUCCCUAAGUUAUUUUUUAUUCAAGCUUGUCGGUCUCGAGUAACUGCUGACAGGGAAGACAGGGUAGAUAAAGGAGUGGAACUUUUGGUAGCAGCAUCUGGAACAGAGAAUGGUGAGAUAACAAAGCUGAUCAAAACAGAUAGGAGUUUGCCUGACGCCAGGCCAAGGAAUUUGAAUAAACUGCAAAAACCGGCCGUUCAAAGUGGACCUCCAGUAAAACCAGAAGACACCAAGCCGCACAUGGAUGAAUCUGAAGUGAGAAACAAGAAAACAGACCAAAUACAAACCAGACCUAAUGUGGAGCAGACAAUACAUGAGGCUGACGCCGGGUCAAGAAAACCUCCUGAUGAGACAACUGUUGAGCCUAUUCCACAGGUGGAAGAAGAAAUCCCGUCUAUAUCUUGUAUUGAAGACAGUUUAGUCAUGUUCGCAUCAGCUCCAGGAAAAGAGGCGUACAGACUUUCCUAUAAAGGUGGAUGGCUGAUGAAGACAUUGUGUGAAAGUCUGAAAGAUUGGAAGUCAAAUCCUGACCAGGACUUAUUACAGGUGCUGACCGGAGUCAUUGGUAAAUUGGCGAUUGAAAAGGAGACGGAUGAAGGAUAUAAGUCGGCAGCAUGUUUUACCCACAUGUUAACAAAGGACAUCUAUCUCUGUCCGGGGAAAUAAGUGAGACAUUAAGUGUGUAAUUUAAUAUGUUGAUAAGUACAGAUAUACAUUUUAUAGGAUGUGUAGAAACGUUAUUGAGUACAUAUGUAUAUAGAGGGAACAUUUAUUGUCAUAAUAUAAUUCUGUAUGUUACUUAUACAGUAUAUAAUACUUUAUGAUGUUUUUACAGUAUGUUGUACUAUAUAUGGUACAUGUAUAGUAUUACUGUAUCCUACUUAUAUAGUGUGUAAUACUGUAUGCUAUUUAUAUACAUGUAGUAUGUAUUACUGUAACUUACUAAUAUAGUAACAAUGUAUGUUAUUUAUAAACUAUAUAACACUUUAUGAUUGUGUAAAUUGAACAAUUAUCUAUUUCUAGUAAUAUGCAUCCAGCGAGCAUCUGUUUGUUAGGUUCCAGUACCUAUAUUGGACCAUACUGUUAUUACUUACUAGAUGCUAUAUACAUGUACAUAUAUUAAGCGCCCGUCUAAUUUGACGGAAGUAUUAUGGUAUGGCAUUGUCCGUUAGUUGGCCUGUCCGACUUAAACUUUUGUUGGUCUGGCGAUUUUGUUUACCCUUUGUAUAUUCUAGUAUUUGUUUUUUUGUCCGGAGAUCUCCCUCCUACAUUUUUGAGUUUUUUCUUUGAAAUUUGUUGGCUUUAUAAUCACAAUAUGAAGUUGUGUUUGCCUGAAAAGAAUUUUGAAUCAACUAUUUUCGCAAACAUCAAUGCCCUUUGCUAUUUGAUUUUUGUCCAGAGAUCUACAUUUUUCGAUCGAUUUCUUUCAAACAUGGAACGUAUUAUAGUUAUGAUAUAAUAUUAUCUUUCCAUGAGAAAAUUUGUAUUCAACAAUUUGUGCAGAAGUUAUUGCUCUUUGUUUAAUUAAAGUACUUGAACAUUCUCUGGAAAUCUCCUUCUACAGUUUCCAAUCAAUUUCUUUGAAACUGUGUAGGCUUUAUAAUCAUGAUAUCAAGUUGUGCUUAAUGAGUUGGAAAUUUUUAAUUACUUUAUACUUUCCUCAAACUAUCAGACUUAGAAGUGGAAGGUGAGAUUUUAUAGCAUUCCAGCUAUCCACCCUUAAGGUGAUUUUAAUCUUAUUUUAAUGAAAGAUGUUGUAUAACAAUAUAUGAUUUUCGACCUUAUAACACUUACAACAUUCAAUGGAAGUAUAUUUAAUUUCCAUUUAUAGGAGCGAAUGAAGCAAUUGUUUUAAGUAUAUGCAGUAAAUUAAUUUACGCUAUUCCAAGAUCCUCAUUGUGAACAAAAUAAAAUGUGCUCUUUAAUUUACAUCGAUUUAGUAAUUGUGUAAGAAUUAGAACUUUAUGGCAGCUCUACAUGGCAAAAUUUCAGCUAUAAAUGAUCUCGAUUCCGAAUGAAUAUAAUGAUUUAAAACUGCAAUAUCUCUCGCGUUUUAAAAGUCGGUAAAAUGAACUCAAAUAAAUAGUUUACAACAUGUUUCAUAUAACAUUUUCAUUCAUUUUAUGACAUGUAUAUGUUAUGUGUGUGGUGAAAACGUAUACACUUUAUAUAAGAUUUUUGUAUCAUUUAUUUAUCUGUGCGACGAUACAUCAAACACUGAUUAUUAGAUGAAUUGAUGCCAAAGACAUUGUGACUUUUACAUUGAAGACAAUUAUUUGAUUAAAUAAUUUCAUGAGGCACGUUAUAACCUUGAAAAAAGUUUAAAAAUUUCAUUUUUUCAAAUAAUAUACAUGUAUAUAUCUGGUUGAGGGAGAGAGUUUAUUCAAUAUUGUAUAUCAUUAUGAGUGGUAUAGUGCUGUGUGUUUUUGAAGGGGACAUUUAUUGUAUAUUACACCAAGUAAGUGGUAACAGGAUUCACAAUCAAAACUAUAACAACCUCUCAAUAUUCAAAAUGUCUUGAUAGAAACGUUUAAUUACAUGUGUAAAUUGUAAUUAAAAAAAUAAUGACAUCUCAAUAUUCACAAUGUCUUGACAGAAACAUUUAAUAAAAUGGUAAAGGGGUUUAGAAAUAUAAAGACCUUGCACUUUCGACAGUAUAUUGACCAAAAUGUUAAAUUAAAUUGUAAAGGGGUUUGGAAAUAUAAAGAAUUCUCACUAUUGACAGGAUAUUGGCCGAAACGUUUAAUCAAGAUGUUUAAGUGGGUUGUUAAUAAAUAAUCCUCUAGGUCUGUUAGCAGACACAGGCUAUAAAUAAAGUGGUAUCAAUGUUUUAUGUGAACUGUAAAUUGUCGUUGGUCGUUCAGACUAUACUGCCUACACUUAAAUACCUUCAUCCUUGGGUGUUAUCAAUGAAAGCUUCUGAGAGAAAAAAAAAUGGAAUACUCUUCUACAUUUCUUGUAGAUAUGUGUUAAUUUAUCACCGAGUAAAAGACAUUUUAUGUAUAUUGGUCAUCUUAUACAUAUCUAAAAUGUUGUAUCACUUUGAAUUUUCAUUAAAUCACCUGUCGAAAAUCAA